GAAGGGGCAGAGACUGAGAAGAUGAAGGUUCGCCAUACAGCUGUCCUUGCUACACUCCUUCCUGUCCUAAUAUCUGUUUCACUGUGUGCAGGAGCAGCAAUUUCUCUAGAAGCUGAGAAGAUCCCAAAGUUUUGGAAUGACAAUGCCAGAGAGACAUUGAUGGCAGCUCUGAAUCUAAAUCCAAAUGUCAACAAAGCCAAGAAUCUCAUUAUGUUAUUGGGAGAUGGAAUGGGCGUGUCCACAAUUACAGCAGCUCGUAUAUACCAGGGACAGCUGGCUGGGCAACCUGGAGAAGAGAAUGUUUUGGAGAUGGAAAAGUUCCCACACGUGGCUCUCUCCAAGGUGUACAAUGUAGAUGCACAGGUUCCAGACAGUGCUGGCACAGGAACUGCCUACUUAUGUGGAGUUAAAGCCAAUUCUGGGACUCUGGGAGUGAGCGCCGCUGCUGAUUAUGGAGUCUGCACUACUGCCAAUGGAAAUGAGGUGACCUCUAUCCUUCAUAGAGCUAAACUAGCAGGUAAGUCAGUGGGUAUUGUGACAACCACGCGUGUCCAGCAUGCCUCUCCAGCUGCAUCCUAUGCUCACAGUGCCAACCGGAAUUGGUAUUCGGACAAUGAGAUGACUGCGAAUAUGGUUAAUAGUGGCUGCAAGGAUAUUGCAUACCAGCUUGUGCACAACACAGACAUUGAUGUGAUUCUGGGAGGUGGACGAGUCUAUAUGAAUGCCAAGGGGACACCGGACCCAGAAUACCCAACCAGUUCAUCAAGUCGAGCUGUUCGAAUAGAUGGUCUUAAUCUGACUGAUAUAUGGCUGAAAAAAAGGCCGGGGUCCAAGUAUGUGUGGAAUAAACAAGGCUUUGAUGCUGUAGAUGAAACCACAACAGAUUACUUAAUGGGGCUAUUUGAACCAAAAGACAUGAAAUAUGAACUAAGUCGUGAUCCUUCCAUGGACCCAUCCCUAGCAGAGAUGACUGAGAAGGCCAUCAAGAUCCUGAGCAAGAAUCCCAAAGGAUUUUUCCUUUUUGUAGAAGGUGGCAGAAUUGAUCAUGGCCAUCAUGCUGGCAUUGCUAGGAAUUCCUUGACUGAGGCUGUUGAGUUUGACAAAGCCAUUCGCACAGCUGGGCAGCUGACCUCAGAAUCUGACACACUGACUGUCGUGACUGCUGACCAUUCUCAUGUCUUCACCUUUGGAGGGUACACAGAUCGUGGUAACAGUAUUUUUGGCUUGGCACCAAACAGAGGCAGUGACCUCAAACCAUUUACCAGCUUGCUGUAUGGGAAUGGUCCUGGAUUCAAGCUCACUAAUGGACAACGAGAAGACAUCACUGGCGUUGAUACUGAAAACUCCAAUUACAAACAACAGGCGGCUGUCCCAGUCUCUUCAGAAACGCACGGAGGAGAGGAUGUGGCCAUCAUGGCUAAAGGCCCCUUUUCUCAUUUGUUCCAUGGCAUCCACGAGCAGCACUACAUUGCCCAUGUGAUGGCCUAUGCGGCCUGUCUGGAGCCCUAUAGAGACUGUACACCAUUAAAAUCUGCCUCUCCCCAGAACUAAACAUGUUUCAGGUUGAUGGUUGGGAGUUGUUUUGGUAUUGACAGCAGAAAGUUAUAAUUGGCAGUUUUCAAAUUUUUUUCAACUUAACUUUUUUUUUUAUAUAUUAUCUUAGUCACGCAUGUAACAAUUGAUAUGAGGAUAUUUUGCAUUUUUUUUUUAAACAAUAAAAGGCUUAUUUCAUUCAUUCAAAAGAUAAGUGUUCAUAUUUUACAGUGAAAUGGAGGCUUAACCACACAUACUGUACAAACACCAUGUGAGUUUACCACAGGCCUCUCUUGACACUUUGCAAAUGAGUAAUCCCGAGAGCACAUGAUGAUGAAAUGUAUUAGUUCUGACAAAUGGAAAAUCUGGACUUCUUUUAAUUUGCAUUCUCAAUUGAUUCUCAUUACUUUUCAUAAUUGUUUAGAAAGAAGCUCACCAUAUAGCUGCCAAUACUGUAUAAAUACAGACUUCAAUUUUACAGCAAUUCCACUGUGGGGCAGAAGAGUACAAUAAAUGAACACUGCAUUCCGCAAGGCCAUGAGCAUAGCGAUCAGAGCUGGAAAUAACAGAUCAGCUGAAAGGUCACUCAAUACCUGUCAGUCGAACUAGUAAAAAAAAAAGAUGCAUAAAGUAACAUUUGAUAAGAUAGUAAAUGUAAAUGCCAAAGUAGUAAAAACACUAAUGAUGAGAUGCAAAAGUCUUCUGAUAAAUACUAGAGAUGAACAAA